ACAUACUAACAAGUUCUUCCUGUCUAUUUCCAUUUACUAAAUCAGGCACAGCCAAGAAAAUGUUGCACUUUGAGAUUUCAAAGGAAGGCAGUGAAUUGUCACUGGUUGAACAUGCUGAAGUGUGGCUCUUCCUGAAGGUCUCCAAAGCCAACCGGAGCAGGACAAAAGUCACCAUCCGCCUCUUUCAACAGCAGUGGCAACCAAAAGGCAACUCUGAAGGAGCAGAAGAUAUGGAGGAUGGGAGGCUGAAAGGUGAAAGGAGUGAGACUUUGAUUUCGGAAAAGGCAGUGGACACCCGUAAGAGCACUUGGCACAUCUUUCCUGUCUCCAGCAGUGUCCAGAGACUCCUGGACCAAGGCAAGAACUCUUUGGAUGUGCGGAUUGCCUGUGACCUAUGCCAAGAGACUGGAGCCAGCCUGGUGUUACUGGGCAAGAAGAAGAAAAAGGAAGAUGAUGGGGAAGGGAAAGAAAAGGAACCUGGAGAAUUCACAGGAGAAGAGGAAAAAGAGCAAUCGCAUCGGCCCUUCCUGAUGAUGCUUGCUCGGCACUCAGAGGACCGCCAGCACAGGCGGCGGAGACGAGGCCUGGAGUGUGAUGGCAAAGUCAACAUCUGCUGCAAGAAGCAGUUCUUUGUCAGCUUCAAGGACAUAGGGUGGAGUGACUGGAUCAUUGCUCCUACAGGUUAUCAUGCCAACUACUGCGAAGGAGAGUGCCCCAGCCAUAUAGCAGGCACAUCUGGUUCAUCAUUAUCUUUCCACUCCACUGUCAUCAACCAUUACCGCAUGCGGGGCCAUAGCCCCUUUGCCAACCUCAAGUCAUGUUGUGUGCCCACCAAGCUGCGGCCUAUGUCCAUGCUCUACUACGAUGAUGGCCAGAAUAUCAUUAAGAAAGACAUACAGAAUAUGAUUGUGGAGGAGUGUGGCUGUUCGUAGACUCGUGUAUGCGCAAAACCCUUCUCAUUGGGAAGAAAAUGUACCAAAAGCCCAAGAAGAGGAAAGACCAGACAUGGUAUAACCUUUUUUGAAUGAAACAAUCAUCAGAAAUAAAAGCAAAAACAAAAGAGAGAGAGAAAAGAGAGAGAGAAAAGGAAAAAAA